AUGGAAAAUAUGUGAGUUUUGACAUUUCAAAGUUUCAAUUCUGAUUUUUAUAUUUAAAAUUUAGCCAAGAAGAACUUGAUAUGAUUGAUGUUUACCUUGUUGAAAUCAUGCGUUUGUUUCCGAAAUCAACAGAAGAGAAACUGAUGAGCAGAUAUGAUAUUUUGGGAAUGGCUCAAAAAAUAUUGACAACGAUUUACAAUGAUUCAACAGAACAAGAUAACAAUCAUAAAUUAGUGAAAUUGAUGGUAGAGGAAGGCAAGGAAACGUUAGUCUUUGUGAAUUUUGAGCACAAAAUUGAAAGAAUUUUUGGUUAGUUUCGAAAUAAUCAUAAAUUCAAAAACAAUAAAAUUUUAAUUUUCAGGAGAAGGACCGUGGAUGGAUGAAACCGGAGCAGGACGUUCCGACGGAAAGCCUCCACAGCCUCUUCAAUAUUGAAUCUCAAUUGUUUCAUUGAUGUGUUUCUAUGAAAACGUUUGUUAAUAAAAAAAGUUUUUAAAAUCCGAUCUACAGUAACCUUUUCCUUUUUUCGGACCACCCACGAAGUGUCUUCUUCUUCUUCUUUUCUCCCUCGCUUUUUCACUUGAUCAGCGCGCAACUUUUUUUGAUAUAUUGCCGAUUUCAAAGAAGCACAAAAAGUCAAAAGAAACAUGUGAGUGUGACAUUCGUAAAAAGACACAACUUAUUUCGUUUUGAAUAGUAGAAAAAAUCAAUAUCCAUUCUCUUGAUUUUGGCUUUUUUUUAUUCAUUAGUCCUAUUGACACAAUAUAAAAACAUUUGGUUCGUUUACAAACUUUCUAUAUUACAACAUAGCUAUAUUUUAAAACAUUUUUAGUAAAGUGGAAAAAGUUCUGUGAGUUUUUUAUUUUAAAAAUUAUAGAUCAAAUAUUCAAAAAAUUUGUGACUUGAAAUUCAGCAAAAAGUUUGGAAUUAAAUAAAAAAAGAUAAAAUAAUUUAGGAAAAAAAUAGAAAAAAUAAUAAUUUUUUCAAUCCUCUAGACCUCCAAAUAUUUUUUGAUCUCAUUUGUUCUUAUGUUUGAAAAGGACGCCGAGUACUGUAUUGAGACAACAUUCAUAAUUGUUUAUUAUUCAGCAGAGAGUAGUUUUUUUCUUUAUUUUUUCUUUCGAUAGUUAUAUUUCUGUAUGUUUUUUGCUAUUUUUUAAUUUUAAUCAUUGAAACCAAUUUUUUUUUUAGAACAACUUGAACAAGAGUAUUCAACAAUGAAUGCAAGUCAUUAUUACGGCAAUCAACCCGACGUUAUUAUCGAUGGGAUCUUCGAUCUGGAAGAGUGAGUGUUUUAGGGCAGUCUUUAAUCCAAAUAGUGGAAGGAAUCCAGUCCCCCAAAAAAACCCUGACAUCCAGAUGAAUUGUUAUAAUUAGGGAAAACAAUUUAUCCACAAACCCUCUGAUUUCAAAUGGUCUGAACUUGAACCAAUCGAAAAAUAGAUAAGGUAUUAGACAUGGUCUUCAUGUUUAUUCAGAACCUACGACCAGAAAACCGUAUUGUAUUGCUGAUUUUUUCUCGAAUGAAGUUCAAUUAUUUUUCAGAAUGAUUUGUUAUGAUGACGAUCCAACACAAGAUGAGCACGAUUUUUCUGAUUAUGAAACCAUCGAAGAAUAUGGAAGUGAAAACGAUGAAGUUGAACUGAUGGAAUUUGGGGAGAUAUCAAUUGAUUCGGAAGAAUCUGGAAAUGAAUCGGAUGAGGAAAUUGUUUGGGAAAGUGAGUCAGACCCAAUUGAUUUUGAGUACUUCCCGGUACUCGACAAAUCUAUUGGGCUCUUUCUCAAUAUCCCAGCAUUUCAAGAAACUCUUCGAACCGACUUCGGUUGGAAGCCACAUCAACAAUGA